CUCGGUCAUUAGUGGUCCAACCGGUAUUAGACCGUUUAAAAAUCGUUUGAGAACCGGUACCUAAUAAACAGCCAGCAUUCUCCCUGUCCCUUGCCCAAAAGGUGUUCCGUCUUUUACCUCUCCCUCCUAUCCUAUGGCGUUGGAAGCUGCGAUCUACUCGCAAGACCCGUUUGGUUACCCACCAUUAUUCAAGGACCACUAUGGUUAUGGCUUCCAGCAAGAACAAGAAGAAGAAGAAGACGGCGCCCUCGGAAUAAUCCUCGAGGACAAAAUAAUGUUCAACGAUUCCAUCGCCACAUUUUUCAACCCGUCGCCGCAAGAGGAAGCUCUGGCGGGGUCCACGUCUAUUGCCCCAGCACGGCGGAAGCGGCGGCGGACCAAGAACGCGAAGAACAAAGAGGAGAUAGAGAGCCAGAGGAUGACUCACAUCGCGGUGGAGCGCAACCGGAGGAAACAGAUGGCGACGGCCGAUGGCGUCGAGCGAUGGCGAACGGCGACUGCGGAGGGCGAGGCUUCUUCGUUCUUCCGUCUUCGUGUCUGGCUGCGCGAAGGAAGGGGGAAGAAAUGAAUUGAAUUAGGGUUACGUUUUCAUUCAGCCCCUUUCAUUUUCAUUUUUCGAUUUUUUUUUAUUAAAGCAACCGACCCAAAUGGUAAAAGCCGGCCGAGCGGCUCGAGCGGUUAACCGCUUCGGCCGCUCGCCGAUCGCCCCAAUUAACCACUCCGGCUAAAUAGCUGAGUCGAGCCGAUUUUAUGGCCGGGUGGCGGUUUUCUCGGCCGGCCGGCUCGACUCGGCUUUGACAACACUGCUCUUGAGGGUUUUUUUUUUUGUUUUGUUUUGUUUUUGUUUCACUCAUCCUCUGAGGUUUCAUGUCAAUGUGUUUGUUGAUUCAUUUAAUAAAUUCAUGGGACGGCAGAAACAAUCAAAACAAGGAAUUUGGUGGGACAGCCCCCUAUUGAAAUUGAAGGAGGAGUUGGUUGUCACGUCGGCCGGCGUGCCACCGGUUGAAACUGGUUCAACCGAUACCGGUCAUAAAAUCAGCGUGACACCAUCGGUAUGAUUGGUAUGAUCGAUAUACGAAUCUCUAAGUAAAAUGAUCUUAUUUUAGUGAAUUUAAUUGAUAAAAAUAAUUUUAUUAAUUAUUUUAUGAGUAUAAAAGUUAAAUAUUGAUGUUAUUUGUUGAAUUCAAGUAUAAAUGUUUAAGUAUUGA